CAUUGUAUCAGUUCCCACACGAAGCAGCAGCGGCGGCGGCGCUCAUCCUCACACGGUGAACACGGAGGAAUUACCCUGGAUGGAGAGCUCUCCGCGGUGGGAUUAACUGGCGGACGGUAGCGGCGGCCGAGGAGCGGAGUGGCGGCGGAAUGCGCUCGGGACGCGGACGGUGUCUCCCGGUGUGAUGGCAGUCCAGUGAUCGCUGGCCUCCCUCCUCCUCUCCUGUGCUGGAUGUCUUGGGGCUGCCUCUGCUUUCUGCCGCUUCAGGUUUUUUCUUUUUUUCUUUUUUUUAAAGCGCUUUUCGUCUCAUUCAAGCCCGCUGCUGUGAUUUGUUGUUUCCCCGGGACGCACACCGCCAUGGACGGACUACCGUUUGGAAUAGGAGUGUGUAGUUAAGUCGGGCGAAAUGUGGUUAAAUGGGACAGGAACGAGUAGAACGUGAGGAUUCUCUGACCCUUGCCCCCGAGUCCCAACCGUCUGAGAGGGUGUCGGACCUCACUGAGGCAAUCCUGGGCCGUUGGCACUAAAAUGUCCCUAAGUGGUGGCACUGCAGGCGGGAAAGGUGUGGACUCGAAUGCGGUGGACACUUACGACAGCGGGGAUGAGUGGGAUAUCGGCGUUGGAAAUCUGAUCAUUGACCUUGACGCUGACUUAGAGAAGGACAAACUUGAGAUGUCUGGCACCAAGGACGGCAUGGCGGCACCACCCAGCGCAGUGGCAGCGUUACCCGACAACAUCCGGUUCGUGAGUCCAGUGUCCGGCUCUCAAGGCAAGGAGAGCAAAUCCAAAUACAAGCGCAGCAAGAACUCUAAAGACAAUAGUAGCAAAGCCUCGGCUGGAGAUGGAGGUAAGAAGGAAACUGCAGGACGGACUCCAGGCGAGCCGACGGGCGCGGCAGCCGCCGCUGCCGCCACCACCGGGAACAAUACCGCCUCUGGGAAGAACAUGGAGAAAGGGGGCAAAGCCUCCAGAGGUGUUCUCGGCGGUAAGAAAGAGAAAGAAGGGGCGGGCGGGAAAAGUAAGAAGGACAAAACGGAUGGCGCCCCGGUGGUGGCGAUCGGCGUCUCGGAGAAGGAUGUUGUGUCUCAAGCCCAAGUGGCUCUGGGGAAUAGUCGGAACGCGUCCUUUGAGAACGCGCAAUCAACGGACUUGGCAGACGCCAAUCAAAUGGGGAAUAUUGCACUUGAACCUGUUGGGAUAGUACCAGCGCUGACCGCGAAGACGGAGCCGGAGGAGCUGGAGAACGGCAACAGUGAAUGCAAGACGCUAAAGAAGGUCAAAAGCGAAAAGAUGGAGUCUCCCGUCUCCACGCCGGCUCCGCCGCCCCUCCACCUCCUGGCCGCGGUAGGCAACAGCGAGAUCGCCUCGCCGUGCGAGCAGAUCAUGGUCCGCACGCGCUCCGUCGCCGUCAACACGUCGGACGUGGCCCUGGCCACCGAGCCGGAGUGUCUGGGGCCCUGCGAGCCCGGGACCAGCGUCAACCUGGAGGGCAUCGUGUGGCAGGAAACUGAAGACGGCAUGCUGGUGGUCAACGUCACCUGGAGGAACAAGACCUACGUGGGCACGCUGCUGGACUGCACACGGCACGACUGGGCUCCUCCUCGGUUUUGUGAAUCUCCUACAAGCGAUCUGGAGAUGAGGAACGGUCGCGGUCGAGGGAAACGCAUGAGGCCGAACAAUAACACCCCGAUCAACGAAAACAGCAACUCAUCAGACAACAAAGGAACCACCAACAAUAAGACACGCGCUGCGUCCAACAGCAAGGGCCGACGGGGCAGCCAGACGCCGUCGGAGCGCCGCACUCCACCCAACAGCAACGCAGAGGACAUCAAGGCCAGUCCGUCCUCGGCUGGGAAACGCAAGACCAAACCGGCCUCGGACAUGGAGCCCAAUUCCAGCUCAGAGGACACCAAAGGCAACAAACGCAUGCGGACAAACUCCAACAGCGGCGGUGUGGGGCCCACAGGUCUCGGCAUCCCCUCCAUAAAGACGGAGCCUCUUCCACCUCCCCUCGACCGCAGCUGCCCCUCCCCCGUCCUCAUCGACUGCCCGCACCCCAACUGCAACAAGAAGUACAAGCACAUCAACGGGCUCAAGUACCACCAAGCCCGCGCCCACAACGACGACGACAUCAAGUUGGACUUGGACGGAGACAGUGAGUAUGGAGAGGACUCGACUCUCCAUCCUGAGCCCGGAAACUGUAACGGAGCAUCCAUCUCUCAGAAAGGAUGCUCAUCUCCAGCUCGCUCCGUUACUCCAAAGGGCAGGAACUUUGAUGCUCAGAGUCCUUCUCCGUCUCCCGGCAAGUUUGGUUCAAAGCAGAGUAAAAAGAAAAUGGCCGAGACAGAUGCAGAGGCAGCAGGCACGCCCAUGGACGGGUGUGAAGACGGCCCGUGCCUCACUGAUGAGGCCAGUAACGAUGGUAUAGACGAUAAGAGAGGAUCUGAUAAGUCAAAAAAGGGUAGCGCAGGCACAAAAGCAGAUAAGAUGGCUCAGAAAAACUUGAAGUCACCACGGCCGCCAGGGCCUGGUACUGCAGGAGCGCAGCAGAUGUACUCUUUUCCUCCGGGAAACCCAAAUUCUUCUCCAGGGCUUACCCCGAUGAUACAAGGGGUUCCUAAGAGCCCCCAAAUGAAGGGCACACAGCCCAAAGCCCCAGCGAUUGGAGAUCCUGCCUCAGGUAGCUCCAAAGACAAAAAGAAGAAGGACAAAAAGAAAAAAGACGGGGGAAAGGACGCUGACAGCCCGAAGCCUGCAGGGAAGGGAGGAAAACUGGAGGAAGGGAAGCUUCCGUACUCUGAACCUUGUGAUCAAGGGAAUAAAGGGGAGGGGCUCCUCAAUGGAUCCUCAGAUCCUCAUCAGAGUCGCUUGGCCAGUAUCAAGGCUGAAGCCGACAAGAUUUACAGCUUCUCGGACAACGCCCCGAGCCCUUCCAUUGGCGUUGCCAGCCGGAUAGAUGGCAGCGGGAUGCCGCAGCCUCUCACGCCACUUCACGCAGUGAACCAGAACGGUGCUGACAACUCAUCUGUCAAAACUAAUAGCCCCGCAUAUUCAGACAUUUCAGACGCCGGUGAGGAUGGUGAAGGGAAACUUGAAGGCGUCAAAGUCAGGACUGAGGACCAAGCCAUCAGGGAAGGUGUCAAAAAAGCACUUUUUCCAAACCAGACACCCAACAAAGAUUCCCCUUACUAUGCUGGUUAUGAGACUUAUUACUCACCCAAUUAUGUGAACCCCAGUCCUGGCGGCCCAAAUCCGGGCACGCCGGCAGCUGAAGGUCAGGCUAAGAUCAAAAGGGAGGAUGAGCAGGAUCAAGUUGACGAAAAGGUGAAGGUUGAGGUUCACGAAGACCGAAAACCCGACAGCAGCGGUCCUGGCCAGCCCCAGCAGCAGCAGCAGCCCUCGGUCAUCCAGCAGCGAUCCAACAUGUACAUGCAGCCUCUUUACUACAACCAGUAUGCCUACGUUCCUCCAUAUGCAUACCAUCCCGAUCAGGCCUACCAUAACCACUUGAUGAACACCAACCCCGCCUACCGGCAGCAGUACGAGCGGCAGAUGGCGGAACAGCAUCGUGUGGCAGAGAAGAAGUCUGACGUGAUCAUGAAAGAACGCGAAGCCUCCAUGAAGGAGGAGUGGAAGCAAAAGAGCCCGAUGCCGCCAAGCCUCUCCAAAGCGCCGAGUCAGUCAGACAUGGGAAAGACGCCGCAGCCCCCAAGCAAAUCCAGGGACUCGCCCUCUGAGCCCUCCUCCAAAUCCAUGGGAAGCAUGAAGGGGGAGGACGCAAAGUCCCAGCAGGCCGAGGGGCUAAAAAUAAAGCUGACUGAAGGUGGGCACCAUGGAAAGGAAGACUCGAAGCAAGCUUUGGAGUCCAGAGGUCAGGUGGGGAUGGAACAGGCCAUGUGGUACAGACAGCAGUAUCCUGAGAGCCAGAAGUCCCAAGGAGAAGACGAACACCAGCAACAACAGCCUCGAUGGAAGGACGAAAGGGACAGGGAGCGGGAACGAGAUCGGAAAUUAAAGGACGAGAGGGCCCGACCCAAGGACAGUCAAACUGGGCCCAAAGAGGACGGGAAAGAUGGCAGCGAUCCCAGAAUCACCUCCGAGGAGCAUCGGGCUUUGAGCAAAGACUCUCGUUCUAACCCCCACAUGCAGUUCUCAUCACCACUAGCACAGCACCAAGGAUACAUGCCCUAUAUGCACGGUUACCCCUAUGGACAAGCCUAUGACCCCAACCACCCUGGAUAUAGGAGCAUGCCUUCAGUCAUGAUGCAGAAUUACCCAGGUUCCUAUCUUCCUGGAGGUUACCCCUUCUCUCCCUACGGGGGUAAAAUAUCCGGCGGCGAGGAGCCCGGCGACAAGUCGCGCGCCAGCCCCACCGUCACCAAGACGGCGACGGACUCCAAAGCCCUGGACAUCCUGCACCAGCACGCCAGCCAGUACAAGAGCAAGUCCCCCACGGUGGGCGACAAGCCGCCCCACGAGCGGGAGCAGGACCGGGGGGCGCCCGGGGACCGGGACCGGGACAGGGAGCGGGACGUGGACCGGCCGCGGUCGUCGCCGUCGCAGCGCAUCAUGCCCUCCCACCACCACCUGGCGUACCCGCUGCUGUCGGGGCAGUACGACCUGUCCUACGCCACAGGGAAACCCGACCGCCACACCUCAACCCUGCAGAGAUUCAUGUGACUGGCUCACAUGUGAGGCCGCCUGCCGCUCUUACCUUUAGACAUCAGUUCAAUGGUGUUCCUAUCCACUGCUUUUUUUAGUUCUUUCUGCCCCAAACUGAGGCAGACUCUUCUUCUUUUUCUUGUUUUGUUUGUUUUUUUUUGUCCUCUCCCCUCUUUUAAACAAAAAGUUUUUAAAAAAAAGACCCAAAAUUCUCCCUCCAAAAAACAAAAGACAUAAAAAAAUAAAAAUAAAAAAAAAAACACCUUGUACUGUAAGAGAACUGCUGGAAUCCAGGUUGAAAGCCAUGACUCUGCCCCAGCGCGCAGAGGAAACUGCCCCCUACCCCCCCGAUCUGCCCCACCUCCGCCCCCCCCUCCAACCACCACCUAGUCUUUGCACUGUCAACAAACACAAUGCAAGAAGAGACGCCGGGACUGAACAGCUUCUUCCUCUUCACGCAGAAAGAAAUGGGCCGGGGUGGGUUUCAGGGAGGGCGGGGGGGGGGCGGUGGGAGCCAGGAGCCAAAUGACAGGUUCCAGAGCGACGACGGGACGAGGAGGGAGCGGCUGCUUUGUUCAGAGACUCCAGAGCCUGAGGCGUCUUCAUCCUCCUCCUCCUCCUCCUCACUUCUCCUUUCAGGGAUGAUUUUACUUUAGGUUUGUUUUUCUUUAGCGAAGGGACCGCGAACGCCUCAUCAUAGAGCCUCCACCCCCCCCCACCCCUCUCCACCCCCCUCCACCGCCCUCCGCCUCGCCUCAUAUCGUCUCGGUGUCUCACGGUGAAGCCACGUCAGCCGCGAUGCCUUCAGGGGCCUUGGUUUCUGUACGACUGGCCUGUUUGGUUUUAACAGCUCCAUUGUGCUUUUGGGGGGUUUUAACUGUACAACUGUAGUUUUUUUUAUUUUUUUUUUGUAUGAAUGCUUUCUUCUUUUGUUUGUUUUAACUGCACAAUUGAGUUUUCUAAAAAAAAAACAUUUUUUCAAAGUUUUAACUGUAUGAUUGACAGGAUUUAAAUUUACUUUUUUUUUUGUUUAUUUGUUAUUUUGACUGUACGAUUGCUUUUUAAAGUUUAGUUUGUUGUUUUGUUGUAUGAUUGUUUUUUUUGUUAUGUUCAGGUCUGCUUUCCGUUUCCUGUAAACAAUGUGAACUUCACCAGGCGUGUUUUCUUCUGCUGUAAUAUAGACUUUUAUCCUACUUUCCACCUGCAUAAAUGUUCAUAUUUAUCUCAACAUGCAGCUUUUUAAAGAAAGAAA